AUGCGAACUCGAUCGAGUCGGUCUACAGAGGACUUGGUCGAGCUAGACUUUACAACGGGUAGAAAGAGGGUUCAGAGGUCACAGAGGGUACAAGAGGAACCUGAGGUGCUUGUUGCUGAUACAAUGGAUGUACCAGAGGGGAAUGGAAACCCUUUGGGCAAUGGACUCGGUCGAGCUAGGCAAACUCGACCGAUUGGUCUAGGAGAUGCUCCAAACCGCCAUCAACAGAGACAAGGGAUUGUUCCACCACCAGUGCAGAACCACAACUUUGAGAUCAAGCUGGGAAUGAUCAACCUUGUUCAGAACAAGAUGUUCCAUGGAUUGCCAAGUGAAGACCCCAUUGACCACCUUGAUGAGUUUGAUAGGCUUUGCGAUUUGACAAAGAUCAAUGGUGUCUCUGAAGAUGCCAUCAAGCUGAGACUCUUUCCUAUGUCUCUAGCUGACAAAGCUCACCAAUGGGAGAAGAGCUUGCCCCAUGGCACAAUCACCACUUGGGAUGAAUGCAAGAAGGCCUUUCUUGCUAAGUUUUUCUCCACCGGUCGCACAGCCAAGCUUAGGAGCGAGAUAUCGAGCUUCAUCCAGCGAAACAAUGAGACAUUCGCUGAGGCUUGGGAGAGGUUCAAAGCUACACAAGUCAGUGCCCACACCAUGGAUUCAACAAUGAAUCACUACUCUCCACUCUUUAUAGAGGAUGCUUGCCUAGGUAUAGGGAGAUGCUGGACACAGCAGCAAUGGGAACUUCCUCAACCAGAUGUAGAUGAUGGCUGGCAACUUGUGGAGAACAUGCUAACUCCAAUGGAAGCUAUGGAGAAGAGUAUGAUCGCACCAAUCGGAGCUCGACCCACCACUCGAUCGAGUGAUGAGAAGUUGAGAAAAGAUGUUAAGGCAUUGAAUGAGAAGUUGGAUAAGCUGAUCUUAGCUCAGUCCACUAUGAAGAAAGUCAACUUUGGGAGGAUACACAAUUUGCUGAGGACCAGGUCUAUCCUCAACAACAGCAGCUCGAUCGAGUCAAGCCCCACAACAUGGGUCUUUUGGAGCAUUCUGGAGCAUAUGGGACAUAAGGAGCAUGGAGGGACUUGGCACAUGGAAGCAGCUCAACUGGAUACGCAAAGGAAGAAGGGAGAAGCCAUCUUGAAGACCAGCUCGACCGUCUACUCGACCAACCGGUCGAGUUCCUCAACUCGACCGGCCAAGCUUCAACUCGAUCGAGCUGGAGUCAAAGUCAAACCCGAAAAAUGUUGCUUCCCCCUUGACUUUCCUUUGACCCUAAACCUAAUCCUCUUGUAUUUAAAGGCUCUAAGCCACGAAAAAACCACCAAGCUUUAG